AUGUAUGAUAAAGUUCAAACAGGUUUUGCACCGAAGAUACCACUAGUCUUACGUGGCAAACAUCAUCAAAAAUCUGUCUUUCUUGUUACCAGAAUAUUUGGUUCCGAUAACAGUGCCAAUAAUGGCUGCAAUAAUGCCCAUAGUCGUCAAGAAACACAUUGGAAGGAUGUAUUGCUUCUUCCAAUACUAUGGUCGUCUUGUAAAUCAUAUGAAAAAAAGUCUCAUCAAAAAUAAAAUUAGAUUAAUAGGGGAUCAUCCUUACUUAACUACUGGAUAAAGAUGUGCACCUAAAGAAAGAUAAAAGUUGUUCGAUUCAAAAUAAAUCUAUUUAACAUAUUUCGAAUACAAUCGAAAGGUGUUCGAGCGGUGCUUCUUCUGGUUCGACCAAGGGGGAAACAGCGGACUUCAAGACUUCAAAAGAUUUCAACAGACUUCAACAGACUUCAGCCGCAGUGACUUCAUAUUUUCACAAGACUUCAAAAGACUUCUAAAGACUUCUGAAGACUUCAUAGGACUUCAAAUGACUUCGCAAGACUUCAUAAG